AAAGUCUUAAUCAUAGACAGUUGUCAUAUUUUAUACAUUAACAUGAUAAGAGAGGUCAUGCAAUCUGUCAAUUACAAAGUAAGUAGAAAAAAAAUAAAGAAAUUAAAGACCGUCACUCUUACUGAUAAUUAAUGUAAGAUUAAUGAAGAAAGUUAGUCGUAUUAAUAGCUUUAAAUAAAUAUCAACAAUUACAAAUAAUUUUUGGUAAGAAUUACAAGUAGUCAGCUGUUUAUUUUUGGUGAAAAUGAAGAUUACUAUUUUAUUGUGUUCUAUGUCACUUGGACUUGCAAUCUUGGAUAUUGAUAAAACAUUAAAUGGUCCACGUGUUGAAACUUUACUUGGAGGAAUUCGGGGAUUUUAUGAUUACUCAAAAAAUGGGAGGAAGUAUUUAGCUUUUGAAGGAAUUCCGUAUGCUGAGCCGCCUGUUGGAGACCUGCGAUUUAGACCUCCUCAAAAAGUAAAAUCAUGGACCGGAGACAUAGUAGCUGUCAAAACUGGCUCGCCAUGUCUGCAAUAUAUUCAUGCGCCAGAUCAUGGAACUGAAAGAAUAAUUGGAUCAGAAGACUGCUUGUAUUUAAACAUAUACAAACCGAUUAUAGAAGCAACUAAAAAAUUACCAGUUAUUAUUUGGAUCCAUGGCGGAGCUUUUCAGUGGCAUAUGGAGGCAAAUGACGGAAAAUUCACAAGGCCUGAUUACCUGAUGGACCGAGAUGUUAUCUUUGUUUCAUUCAGUUAUCGCGUUGGUCCUCUUGGAUUUUUGAGCACUGAAGAUGAUAAUAUUUCCGGAAACAUGGGACUUAAAGAUCAAAACAUGGCAAUUCGUUGGGUAAAAGAAAACAUUGAUGUUUUUGGUGGUGAUCCUGAAAAUAUUUCAAUUUUUGGAUUGAGUGCCGGUGGAGUUAGUGUACAUUUUCAAUAUUUGUCCCGUUUAAGUAAAGGUUUAUUCAAACGAGGAAUAAGUUUCAGUGGAACUGCUCUAAAUUGCUGGGCAAUUACCGAAGGAUCUGGUGAAAAAGCUAAAAAAGUAGCUGCAAUUGUAGGUUGUCCUGAUUCUAGCACUGAAAAGAUGGUAAAAUGCCUGAAAAGUCGACCUGCUCGUCAAAUAGCCAGCACUGUUAUGCAUUUUAUGCCUUGGUUGUACAACCCGAUGACUCCUUUUGGUCCUGUAAUUGAAAAAUCAACAGCUGAGUCACCAUUCAUCACUAAAUCACCAGUAGAAAUAAUCAACAGCGGUGAAACUUAUGACGCGCCUUGGAUCACUGGUGUCGUUCCGGAGGAAGGAAUCUAUCCUGGAGGAGAAUUUUGUGCGAAUGAAGAAUUAUUGAGAGAACUAGACGCAAGAUGGGAUACUUUAGCGCCUUUUAUUCUUGACUACAAUUACACAGUUCCUCUUUCUAAGCACAUCGAAGUCGGAAGAAAAAUCAGGAACCAUUACAUUGGCAGCGAGUCAAUUGAUCGUACCACUGCUAUGUUAAUUAUUCAUAUGAUCGGUGAUCGUCUUUACACGGCAGACGGAGUAAAAGCUGCAAAAAUGAUGGCCAAUAUUAAUAAAAGCCCGGUGUUUUUUUAUUAUUUUACUUACAAAGGCGCAGAAAGUGUUUCUCAUGCCAUGACUAAGACAAAAAAAGACUGGGGGGUAGCUCAUGGGGAUGAUCUUUAUUAUAUAAUUGAAUCUCCAGCUAAAAAUCCAACUACUACUCCAAAAGAUCGCAUGAUGCAGCGCGAACUCUUGGACUUUUGGAUUUCUUUUGCUACAAAUGGUACUGCUGACGUUGGAGUGGAAUGGAAACCUGUUAACGGAAACACGGAUCUAUUUAAUUAUCUUCAUAUAUACGGACCGAAUAAAAGAGAAAUGAAUACUGAUAAUGAUUUGGCAGAAAUUAAUCUCUGGUGGUCUAGUAUUGAUUUUGAUGAAAAUAAAAUAUAAUUUUAAAAACAUUUUUUUUUAUAGUAAAAACUUUUACAAUUUUAAAUUUAUA